AUCAUGGGUUCCCAAUCUCUUUCUUUCUUCUCAAUCACCCUCCUCCUUUUCGUAAUGAUUCAGGCUGUUUUUGCAGAUUUGAAACACAAAAGCACCUCUCCUUUUGAGUAUCUUCAGCACCUUCACGGAUGUCAUAAGGGGGAAAACGUCAAAGACAUACAUAAACUCAAAAAAUACCUGGAAAAGUUUGGGUAUCUGAGUUAUAAGAACAAGACUCAUGUCGAUGACGAUGACUUCGAUGAGUUGCUGGAAUCUGCCGUUAGAACUUAUCAGUUGAAUUAUAAUAUGAAAGCAACCGGAAGUUUGGAUGCCAAUACCUUAUCGAAGAUGAUGAGACCACGAUGCUCGGUUGCGGAUAUCGUAAAUGGAACUUCAAGGAUGCGAUCCAGCCGAAAAAGGCACCACCAUUCAGGAUCAAAAUUGUUCCACACGGUGUCACAUUAUUCGUUUUUUGACGGACAACCGAGAUGGCCGGCUUCCAAGUACAGCCUGACUUUUGCAUUUCUUCCGGGGACUCGAGCGGACGCGAUUAACCCGGUUUCGAGAGCUUUCCAAACAUGGGCUGAAAACACACAUUUCAGGUUUUCAAGGACUGAGGACUAUGUAAAUGCUGAUAUAAGAGUAAGCUUUGAAAGUGGGGAGCAUGGAGAUGGGUCCUCUUUCGAUGGACCGGGUGGAACCUUGGCUCAUGCUUUUGCACCAACUAAUGGGACGUUCCAUUACGAUGCAGAUGAAGAAUGGUCUGUGAUAGCAAACCCAGGUGCGUAUCAUUUGGAGACUCUGGCAUUGCAUGAAAUCGGACACCUUCUUGGUUUAGGGCACAGUUCCAUUGAAGGGGCCAUCAUGUAUCCCACUUUCAGCCUUGGGGAAACCAAGGGUUUGCAUGGGGAUGAUAUUCAAGGAGUCAACGCUUUAUAUAAUCUUUGAACAACUAUUAUACGUAUAUUACUUACUAUACAGAGAUG